AUGGGUUGUGGAUUGAACAAACUAGAGAAGCAUGAUGAAAAACGACCUGGUAAUAUCUACUCAACUUUGAAGAGGCCCCAGGUAGAAACCAAGAUAGAUGUUUGCUAUGAAUAUCGAUUCCUGGACUUCACAACACUAAAUGAUACUGAGCUGCCAGGAUCAUCUGCAAUCAAGCUCUCCUCCUUGAGUGAUCUUCCAGCUCAGCUGCAAGAAUUGUACCAGCAGGGCUUCAUCUUGGCUGCUGUCCACCCUUUCGUGCAACCAACUGAUGAAAAAGAGAAAACUCCCCAGGAACAAAUCUUCAGGGCUGUGCUUAUCAAGAAAACAGAAAGGUCUCCAAAAGGUGAUGUCCAUAGUGAAGGAUAUGUCUUGGAGGUAGAGUGCUGCUCCUCUUUAAACCAACUUUCAGACAAAAAGGAGAUACCUGAUUUUAUUAAGAAAAUUCAAGAUGCUGCAAGUCAAGGCUUGAAAUUUGUUGGAAUUAUACUUCAGUACCAUUCCCAAAAGAACUGUCUUGUCAGCGCCUCCCUGACACCCACCAGUAACAACUCUGUGCAAUCAAGAGAUAAUAAAAGUGUUUCAAAUUACCCUGAGGAUCAUGCUUCACCGGAUGGCGAGAAAAUAGAUGGCAUUAAUGGGUGCAGUACUCCAGCACUGAGUGAGGAAAGUGCUGACCAAUGUGCCACAUCCAGGGAGGGCUGGCGAGGUGAAGGGCAGGCUACUGAAGAGCUGAAUCUCAAGUCUGCAAAGGGAAACGAAGAACAGUUUGAACAUGCAAACCCAAGAGAAGCAGCAGACAAGCCGAAUGGACUUGUGGAGAAUGAAACACCAGCACGAUGCUUAAAACCACUUACUGGCAAAGCAGAGAUCUUCGCUCUCUUCAACAAGCCAAAAACUCCACAAAGAUGCAGCCAGUAUUAUACAGUGACUAUCCCUAUGAGGAUCUCCAGGAAUGGGCAGACUGUCAACAGCUUGGAAGCAAAUUGGCUGGAGCACAUGACAGAUCACUUCAGGAAAGGAGGCUCAUUGGUAAACGCCAUCUUCAGCCUUGGAAUGGUAAAUGAUUCUUUACAUGGGACAAUGGAUGGAGUCUUUCUCUUUGAAGAUGUUGCUGUGGAAGACAGUAAAACCAUGCAGGGCUAUGAUGCAAUUGUUGUAGAGCAGUGGACUGUCCUGAAGGGAGUUGAAGUGCAGACAGAUUACGUUCCACUGCUGAAUUCCCUUGCUGUGUACGGCUGGCAGCUGACGUGCGUGCUUCCGACUCCGAUUGUGAAGAUAAACGGGGAGGGGAAUUUAUCUACAAAGCAAAUUGUAUUUCUUCAGAGACCUUCUUUGCCCCAGAAAGCGAAGAAGAAAGAAUCUAAGUUUCACUGGAGGUUCUCCAAAGAAGACAUGCACAGCAAACAACUGAAGAAAUCCACAAAGGCUAAAUUAAGUACUAGGGAGAAGCAAAUGGCAGAGGAGAAGGAUGAAUUUGAAGUCACAGCGAACACAAGAAACUUAGAAGCACAAAUCUCAACAGCAGCCAAGCCUGAUCCAGAACAGCAGCUGGAUGAUGUCAUAGACUUGGGAGAUGAGGUAGCUGGGAUCAGCGACAGAGGUACCCAUCACGACGGGGCGUCAGAAGAAACAUGUCCUGCCAGUUACGAUACUGAUGACAAUGACGCGCAGGUCUGCCUGAGCCAGAGUACGGCUGGCUGCUGCGCGUAUCAGGUAACCGAGGGGGGAGACUGUGCUCCGGUAUCGGACGGCUGCAGUGGCAGCGAUGGGGCAGGGCUGGGCGUGGACUGCUCCUGUGAAUGA